AUGGACGAAUAUGACUAUAUCAUCAUUGGCGCUGGUAUCGGUGGUCUUGUUUUGGCCAAUCGACUCAGUGAAGAUGAGAGCUUGAAAGUCCUGCUCAUCGAAGCAGGUGCCAAUCGCAUGGGAGAUCCUCGCAUCGAUACCCCGGGGCUUUUGGGCACCCUCUAUGGAAACUCAGACUUUGACUGGGACUAUAUGAGUGUCCCUCAGAAACAUGCGAACAAUCGUCAAAUCGGACAGCCUCGUGGUCGUGUGGUCGGCGGGUCCUCGGCCUUGAACUUCUCUGUGGCUAUGUACCCCACGGCAUCCAACUUUGAGGCAUGGAAAGAACUAGGCAAUGAGGGAUGGGGAGCGGAGGACAUGGCGCCAUACCUUCGCAAAUUCCAUUCGUACAUCCCGCCCAGUGAUGCAACGGCAGAACUACUUGACACGAGUCGGUAUAUGAAGGCUGAAAAUCAAGGCUGUGAUGGACCUCUGCCCAUGUCUCUCCCAGAUGUAUAUGGUCCUUUCAACAAGGCGUGGGACGAAGCGUUUGCAAACUUGGGCUGGAAAUCGGACAUGGAUCCGAUCCAGGGAGGAAAGUUGGGAGCUUUCACUUCCCCGUUGACCGUGGACCCCAAGACAGGAAAAAGAGGAUAUGCCGCCUCUUACUACUCCCCUGGAGUUGCGGCUCGGCCAAACCUGCGACUUUUGGCGGAGACGAUGGUACAGAAAAUUGAUUUCCGUCAAGAAGAGGGAGAGUUGAUCGCAACUGGUGUGGUAGUUAAAACUGGGGGCGAGUCAUAUCAAAUCGCCGCAAAGAAAGAAGUACUGCUUUGUGGUGGUAGUUUGAACUCCCCGCAAGUGCUCGAGCUUUCUGGUGUUGGAAAUGCAACUCUCCUCGAGAACCACGAGAUUCCUGUUCUGCUUGAUAAUCCCUCCGUGGGUGAGAAUCUCCAGGAUCACGCCCUCACCACAAUUAACUUCGAGAUUGCCGAUGGCCAAGUUUCGGGUGACAUUCUGCGCGAUCCUAGUGUCGUCCAGGCGGUGAUGAAGCUUUAUGCCGAGACAAACAGCGGUCCGCUGGCGGGCAUGCCCAUCAGCAUGGCUUAUCUUCCAUUCAUGGAUGGAAAUGGAGUUGUCUCCCAGGAAGAAAUCAAAUCUCUCCUAUCCACGCAUCUCGAUAAUGAGGAUACCCCACCCAGCCUGCGCCGACAGCACGACCAGCUUCGUCGCAUGGUUCAAAACCCGGAGGACGCCUCUUCUCACUUCCUUUUCCUACCUGCCCAGCUCCACAUGAACCCUGGCAAAACCACCCUGACCGACGUACUGGCAAAAACCCUACCGGAAAACUACAUCUCCAUCAUGAUGCUCCACAAUCACCCAUUCUCGCGUGGCUCGGUUCAUAUAAACUCCAGCAGCAGCGAUGACAAGCCCACAUACGAUCCCAACCUUCUUUCACAUCCACUCGAUCUUGAGAUGAUGGCAAGACAAAUGCAAUUCGUCGAGCGCAUUGUUGAGACUGAGCCUCUAUCCGCUCUUCUCAAGCCGGGCAAGUCUAUGCCCGAAAGCACAAGAGAUCUAUGUGACCUAGAUCAAGUCAAGGAAGUUGUGAAAGAUAGACUCUAUACCUGUUUCCAUCCCGCAGGAUCAUGUGCUAUGCUGCCGAGGGAUGAUGGUGGUGUCGUUGACUCGCAUUUGAAGGUCUACGGCACGAGGAAUUUGCGAGUUGUCGAUGCUAGCAUUUUCCCUCUCGAGCCAAGCGGGAACAUUCAGUCAACUGUCUAUGCGGUUGCUGAGCGCGCUGCUGAUCUGAUCAAGGGCGUCAAUUAG